CAGCUCACGACCAGACCAGGUACUGCAUGUCUUUAGUCAUCGCAUACAUGAGUACGAUCUCUCUGCUGAUGUUGCUGGGAUGGUGGCUAGUGUCUUGGCUGCUGUUGAGGAGUGGGGCAAAGUGGACGACAAAGAAUCGAAAAAUAACAGACGAGUGUCAUCUCGGCCACACCACCAAGUACCCGUUGAUCACUAUGGACAGCGAACAGAAGCAAGUGUUGGACAUGCUCCAGCGACCAUUCCGGCUGCCGACUCAAAGAGAGAGACAACUUCGAAGUCGGAGAGCCGUGGCUGCGGAUCUGCUCAGUACGCUAGAAAAGAGCCGAUCGGAGAGUCAUCCCAUUGUGUUUGAAGUGGGUACCCGUGUGGGAGGAAGCGAGCCGCCACCUCAGCGGUUGACUCUUGCUCGCUCCAUUCCCAGAGGCACCGUCUUCUCUAUCUUCGUCAAGAGCCAUCGUCUGGCCGCCAAGGAACUCUGCGACUACUUCAUGGAGGCAAGCAGUGUGCAGGAGCUCAGGCAAAGGGUGGAGGAGGUGCGGGGACUUGUCAAUGAGAAGCUUUUCAUCUUUGCCCUAUCCUUUGUAAUCAUCAGGAAGCCGGAGAUGAGACAUCUGCGCCUACCUAGCAUUGUGGAGAUCUUCCCAUGCAUGUUCGUGCCAGUCACCACCGUGUCAGAGAUGGAACAGGAGGCCAGGAAGUCCACCCCUGACCAAGAGAUAGUAGUAACAGAAUAUGGACCAGAGUUCUCCAGCACUCACCUCAAGCCUGAGCACCGAGUAGCUUACUGGCGUGAGGAUUAUGGCAUUAAUUCCCACCACUGGCACUGGCAUCUUGUCUACCCUGUGGACCUUGGUGUGAUGAGGGACCGCAAGGGGGAGCUGUUCUUCUACAUGCACCAACAAAUGCUUGCUCGUUAUGACAUGGAUCGCCUGAGUGUUGGUCUGAACAGGGUGCAGAAACUGAGCAACUGGCGUAUCCCCAUCCCUGACGGCUACUUCCCCAAGCUGACCAUCAACAACGCUGGCCAGACAUGGGGCUCCCGGCAGGACAACUCGUUAGUGCAGGACUACAGACGUGAGGACUUUGGGCUGCUGCCAUUUGAUGUCUCUGAACUGGAGCAGUGGCACAGCAGGAUCAUGGACGCCAUUCAUCAGGGCUAUCUUGUUGAUCAUGAUGGUAACCAAACAAGGCUCACAGACAAUGUCAAACCACCUGAAAAGCGUGGAAUUGACCUUCUCGGGGACACAGUGGAGGCAGACAGUAGCAUCAGCCUCAACAGUCUCUUCUACGGCGACCUGCACAACAUGGGGCAUGUAGUCAUUUCAGCCAUCCAUGACCCAGACUAUGCUCAUCGGGAGAACCUUGGAGUCAUGUCAGACACAGCCACAGCCAUGAGGGACCCUGUGUUCUACCGCUGGCACAAAUACAUUGACGACAUCUUCCAGGAGUACAAGGUCAUUCAGCCACCCUACACCACUGAGGAACUGUCCCUCUCAUCAGUUGAGGUGGUGUCAGUGGCUGUAGAGAGCCAGGGUCAGAAGAACCAGUUGAUCACUGGCUGGAGCACUCGGGACUUUGAGGCGAGUCGUGGACUGGACUUCAAUGCUGAUAAGCCAGUGAUGGUGCGACUCACCCAUCUCAACCACCAUCCCUUCGUCUACAGCAUCAAGUUGCAGGCAGCCAACAGUGGCAGUUUACCAAAGGAAGUGACAGUGAGGAUCUUCAUGGCGCCCAAACUUAAUGAAAGAGGAGUGGAGAUGAGCUUCAUGGAACAGCGCCUCCUAUGGGCUGAGAUGGACCGCUUUACUCAUGACUUGAAGCCCGGGCUAAACCAUAUUCUGCGGUCCUCCACCUCCUCAUCCAUCACAAACUCAAAUGAAUUUACCUUCCGUGAUCUGGAGGAGCGGCCAAACCCAGAUAACCCAGUGUUGUUAGUGAACAUGCUGCUGCAGCCACCACCCCUGCCACCUGCAGUGAUAAUGCUGGGUAUACAGCAGCCACCACCCUAGCUACCCACAGUGAUAGUACCGAGUGUACAGCUACCAGCAAUAGUACAGAUGCUGUCCUACUUACAAAUGAGUUAAGUUCCAGUUGGCCAUCCAUAACUUAUGUUCAUAAGUCAUUAAUUUAUAAAAUGUUUUGGGUGUACACUGCCCUCUCAUGUUCAUAAGUCAUUAAUUUAUAAAAUGUUUUGGGGGUACAUUGCCCUCUCAACUUUUUUGUGCUUGCUUUCUUUUGAAGCCAUAGCACUAAACUCAAGGAUCAUGAAAUCUGUGGUAUUGAAAACACUAAAGCAUUGUAUGAGUGUGUGUCAUUUCCUCUCCUUCCACAUAACACUGCCAUGCAGCCAUCACAUGAGCAUGUAUUUUGUCACAACAUUCAGCAUGAUGCAGCAGUGCAACCACCACACGUGUGUGUUUUGUCCUUACAUUCAGUGUGAUACAGCAAUGCAACACUACCACAUUUAGAACUGUGUAUGUGUUUUCUCUUCACAUUCAACAUGAUGCCAUGGUGCAGUGGUGCCCCAUAUCUCCACUAGUGCCACCAUAGCCACCCCACCAACUGCAGUGAUAGUAUUGAUUGUGCAGCUGUUGCCGCCCACAGCGAUAGUACUGAGUGUGUCACCAGUGCCAUCUUCUUGAUUAUUACUAUACUGUGAGAGUUCUUAUAACUGAAGUGUUUUGAUAUUAUGAAUUGUUACCUUCAGUUAUAUGAAAAAAAUAUAAGGGGUAGUCUGUAUUUUGAUUUCUAGGGGGCCUUUCUCAUUCAGAUGGGAACCAUAGUCCUCUUUACUGUUACUUUCAUGAUAACUAACGUGAAUCACACCUAACAUGGGUUGUUAGCAGAACUAAACAUCCCCCCAACCCACGUUAACAGCAACAUUAUUGCCCUUCAUUAUAUGUGGUAUUUUUACAUUAAAAAGUUGGAAUUAAUUUAGUUUAAGUCUUGAAUUAUGGUGGAACUGUAAUUAAAAAGACACUUUUAUUAAUUUUUUGCAAUCUUUGUGACUCUAAUGACUAGAGGAAUGCAUCUUAUAGACAUCUAAGCCUUUAUGUACUGUACAUGUGAGCCAUCAAAUGGAAGGCAAGAACAUAAAAA